AUGCAAGGACGAAUCGAAUUGUUGCACUGGAAGUCAAGAAAAGAGUACGGUUGGAAGGAGCAGAGCUGGAAGCGUACAAGAAGAAGAAAAUGCAAAAAGACAAGGAGGAAGCACGACGAAGGCUGGAAGAGCAAGAGAAGCGUCAGGCAGAAUUGCGUGGUUUUGACUCGGAUGACGACGAUGAGAUCAUGGCCAGCGCGCUGGUGGCGUGUUGAAGCGUUGUGUACGAAGAAGAAACGUGAAGAAGAACAGCAAGCAGCCGCUGCGGCUGCUCGGGAAAAUGGAGGUCCAUCGCCGGCCAUCACUUCCACUCCAAUGAUCGUUGAUCCGGCGCCGAUGAAAGAGGCCAUGUCUGAAGUCGAACCAGAAGACGAUCUUUGCAAUCCUGUUUGA